AUGCCGAACCAACGACGAAGAAGGAACCAACGACCAAGAAGGGCCGAUCUCAUUAUCACGAGCUCCACUACCGGAGCAGUUGCUCCGUUUGGACCUCCCACUGGUUGUCCCAUUGGUCCCGCUACAGAGCCUCUGGUUAUCUUCGUUGCUCGUGGUGCUCCCUAUCCCACACCCAUGGAGCUCAGCCAGCAGAAGCACCGUCUUCGUCCCGUUCUAGGCGAGCUCCAGGAGAAGUUUGAGAGAAAGUAUGGGCAGCUUGAAGGCCGUUCCUACUGGUACUGUCCAUUGAUUCAUAAAUCGGCCACCCCACUUGAUCCCGACUGCGACUCGUUCCGGUCCCUGACCGAUUCCCUCGCGUAUGGCCGAGCUCACGGCCGCGACGUCAUGUUUGUCACCCAAAACUGGGACUCCAUCACCUCCGACGGACAGAGCUUUGCGAAUAUCUUCAAGGAUUUCACCGACGUCAAAGUGACUAUUCGCAUCCACGGCACGAUUUCUACCGACCACGUUGCCGCAUUCCACGAGAUCGACGCACACCGAGUCAGCGCCCACUACCAAGGCUUGAUCAGAUUGGAGGAGGAGUAUGUCAUUGAUGAUGCACUACGUUACGUGGUCCGAGUCGAAGAAGUCCGCGAUGUCAGGAUUGGAGUUGAGAAUUCGGUUGGCCCGAUGAGGGAAUUGACAGGCGAACCUGAGUCAGUGGUCUUGCAGCGAGUGCUGUGGAUGCUUUGA